AUGCUUUCCAGUCUAGGGUAUAAUGUUAGGCUACGGUAUUCCCGAAGCUUAGCUCGUACCAUAUCAGGUCCAGCGGGUGGCUUACCGGAGGUUAAACAGAGUGCCGCUACAAAGCAAAACUAUAUAUUCAUAAGCAGUCUUCGGAAGAAAAACCAAAAAGCUAAAGUGCUGGCUGUUCGCUCAAGCUUUCAAUUAAAAGGUAGUGCUUUACUUCCUUACAGUAGACCAGCAGGCGUGAAAGCGCCUUAUUGGUACAUCAACAGGAAAUCCAAAAAGCCUAAUGCGGCUAAUAAGAGGCUAUCAGUCUCAAAACUUCUCACUAAAUCGUGGUGUGAAUUACGAAAAGCUUAUGAGAUUUACUCUGAGAUUCCUAUUUUUACUACAUUUCGAAUGAGAAAGGGAACGGAAAUACACAAAAAAUUAGAGGAUGGCUUACAUGUCGUGCCAACUGAAGUUGUGGAAUUCAAUGAGAACUUCAUCACGGUCAUUCCUCAGGAUGAGUUACAUAAAUUUUCAGAUCAGUGGCUUGGGUGCAUUCAUCGGUUGUUGACAUUGUUUUAUAAAGGUGAAUGCCGGGAAGUGCUAUGUCAUAGGUAUAUGAGUCCUAAAAAUGGAGAAUUAGUGGAAGUAUCUGACAUAACUGACAGUGAUGUAUUAGUUAGUGGUAUAGUAGACAAUCUGAAGUUACUUAAAAGAUAUGCAGGCGACGCUAUCUGUCCACUCCAUGAGACUUUAAUAGCUGAUUGCAAUUCGGAUAUCAGAAGGAUCGCUGAUUCUCUGCCGAGGAUUGUAGAGGAAAAAAAGAAUAAUAUGGAGGUAGUUGUUGCUGAUACGAAGAGCAAGGCGCGUAGGACUACGAAAUACUUGCCUAGUGUUGUAUUUUCACAGAAGCUACAGGUUAUGUUCUACAUCAAUUUCCUGAAAGAAAUGGGUAAGGACAAGUACUCAACUUACUACAUGCUACUGAAAAAUGCUGAAAUACGUGGUUUAGAUAUCGAUGAGCCAAUUCACAUUUCUAAAGUUAUACAUAUGAUGAUGUCGGAACCAACUAUUCUAUUUGACCUGAGGCGAUUAAGAGACGGAGAACCAAUUGGAUUUGAACCAUUUGACAAUUUUUGUGCGAAUAACAAACACUCAUCUGCAUAUUCUUAUAAGGACAGUAUUUUUGAAAAUGAUUCUACAACCACUGCAUACAAGGAAUUUUUAACAACAUGGAAAACUCCCGUAACGUUGAGAUACCUCGCAUCUAGAAUGGCACAGCUCUAUGCCUGCUUAGGUCCGUUGAUUUCAGGUAAGGCCAUUUUAGAUUAUCAUUACAAUGAUGGAACAUCUAGUAUCGCAACUUUUGAUUACGAUCCAGAAAUUUUAAAGAGAGAAAGCAAGAACAGUGGGUCUUUCUGGUUUGGUUUAAGAGAUUUUGAGCCACCAAAUCCUACGGUGGAAAACUUGGAAAGGAUAUGUGGAGUGUGCGAUUAUGUUAGUUCAUGUCAAUGGAGGAAGGGAAGCAUCGAGAGGCGUCAAACUCUGGGCGAAGAACUUCAAAAAAUCCAGUCACUGUAA